CAUCUGCCAACUGUCUCAGGGCCUCGGACCAGUUCACCCAGCGGUUUGAUGUGCUAACCCAAGGACAUACCACCCACCAUGUCCGAGGACAGACCGGCGGACGGCAACGAGGGCGACGGCACCGGCGCUGCGACGCUGGCGCCCGGCAUGCUGGAGGACCUGACGCGCGACAUCCUCGAGUCGCUCAUCCACAACAUAAUAUACCAGACGGCGCUCUCGUGCCACCGCUCCGAGAAACAGCUGCGCAUGCAGUCGGCCGCCACCUCUGCCGAAUCCCUCGCCCUGGCCAACAUCGAGCCGCCCUCGAUCAAGAACUCGCAGUCGCAGCCAUCCCUGCCGACCGCUGAAACCGACGCUGCGCUCUACGAGAACGGCCGGGUGUUCCUCAAGGGCAAUCCGCUCAAGACGACUCCCGAGAUCAUAUGCCCGCAUUGCAAGCUGCCGCGGCUGAUGCACCCCAUCAUGGGCAAAGGCAUGCAGCAGCCAGACCUGACCCGCGAGUACUGCAUGCUGUAUCCGUGGGUGCAGCGCUCGGGGCACGAUGUCUACGGGAAUCCGUUCCCCACGGACAUGGCUAAGAGCAAGAAGGAGCGCGAGCUACUCAAACAGCAGCAAAAACAGCAGGACAAGGAGAGCGUGGGAACCCCCGGGUCGCAGGACACUGACAUGAACGCCGGCGACGGGACGCAGGGCAAGGAGAUCAAGCUCAACACUGGUGGCAAGCCCGCCAGCUACAUACCAUGGCACACGUGUCCCAAGUGUAAGCGCAGUCUACUCAUCACACGUUUUGCGCACCACCUCGACAAAUGCCUCGGCAUCAGCGGCCGCCAGAGCUCGCGCGCCGCCAUGGCCAAGAUCUCCGGCGUCAACGGCAGCGGCAGCGGCAACACCCCGCUGGGCAGCCGCAUGGGGACGCCAGCACCGGGCUCGCAGGGCGACGGCCCGAUCCCCAAGUCCAAAGCUAAAGGCAUCAGCCCGGUCAAGAACCUGCGCGACAACGCCGACGCCUCCGACGGCGAGAAUGACACCCCGGAAAGAAAGAAGAAGAAAACAAAGAGCUCGUACGUUAAGAAAGCGGACCGCGAGAAGCUGUCCAAGGAAGGCACCCCCAACGGCAGCAGCGUGAAGAUCAAGCUCAAGACGGGCAACCCCACCGAGCGCAGAGACAGCAACAUGUCUGAGAAGCGGGAACGUGAGCCCUCCGAGUCGGUCGACGAGGGCGCGCCCAAGGCGAAGAAGCUCAAGCUGAGCAUGGGGAAGGCAGGGAGUCCGCCUGCGCCUACACCGCUCGCGCAGGGCUCGCCGUAGCAGGGCACCGAACAUAGUCCAGCGGAGAGCAGCAGCACAGGAGGCGGAGAGGGUGAGGAGGGGAGUUGGGCAUGGCGCCUGUUUCGGUUCAUUGAUUGCAUUCCACGGCGUUUUCAUGGUAUACCACAGGCGGCUCCGGUACUUAUCUCAGUACCAACACCAGUAUCAGCGGACGACAUGAUUAUCCGCGAUCAGCAUGCAUGAUCAGCAUGAAGACAGCGGCGUUUUCUGGGCUGGCUUCCGACAUUGUAAUUUCUCUAGAUGGGUACGGAUUGCCCUAUUUCAUUUACUAUGAGAUGAGAGGAGAGGAGAGGAGGAGAGGCCCGUAGUAAGACGAAGUGUACGAAACGAAGUAAGCAGCACCGAAUUCAUAGCAUGUGCC